CCUGGCCGCACCGGCAGCCGGGGGCGUCAUGUAGCGCAGAGGCAGCGGGCUCGGCGGGGCGGGAGAAGCCCCUUCCCUCCGUCCGCGUUCGCCGCACACACGCACGCAGCGCAGCGAGGCGCACGGCCGGCUCUUCUCCUCCCCCGCCCCGCUGGUUGCAUGCCCGGCUCGCCGGGCGGAGGGACGGCGCGCCGCUGAAGCAGCCCAGACGCCGGGCAGCGCCACCAUGGCCGAGGAGAGCUCCGAUGUCCCCAAAGAGUUGAUCGAAAGCGUCAGGGAUGUUAUUGGGAGGAAAAUUAAAAUUUCGGUCAAGAAGAAAGUAAAACUGGAAACCAAGGGAGAUAAAGUGGAUAACAAAAUAUUGGUGUUGGCAUCAUGUCGGGCGUUUCUUUUAACAUCUCGGAUUCCCACCAAGUUAGAUCUAACUUUCAGCUACUUGGAAAUCCAAGGAGUAACGUCCAGUAAACCAGGUCAGUUGAUUAUGGAAACUGAGAAAUGCAGCAUCUCCAUGAAGAUGGCGUCCUCGGAGGAUGUGAACGAGGUGCUGGCGCACAUCGGGACCUGCCUCAGGAAGAUAUUCCCUGGACUCUCCCCAGUGAGGAUUCUGAAAAAAGUAAGUGUGGAGCCUUCAGACAGACUGGCUAAUCUCCAGGCCCUGUGGGACAGCCAGACAGUGGCAGAACUUGGACCUUGUGGAGGCUUUUCGCAGAUGUAUGCCUGUGUUUGUGACUGGCUUGGAUUUCCCUAUAGAGAAGAAGUACAGUGGGAUGUCGAUACGAUUUAUCUGACACAAGAUACCAGAGAGUUAAAUUUGCAAGACUUCAGCCACCUUGACCACAGAGACUUAAUACCUAUAGUUGCUGCUCUGGAGUAUAAUCAGUGGUUUACAAAGCUGUCCUCCAAGGAUCUGAAAUUAUCCACUGAUGUCUGUGAGCAGAUACUGCGAGUGGUGAGUAGGUCCAAUCGGUUGGAAGAACUGGUAUUAGAGAAUGCCGGGCUUAGAACAGAUUUUGCACAGAAACUAGCCAGUGCCCUAGCCCAUAAUCCCAACUCAGGACUCCAUACAAUCAACCUUGCUAGCAAUCCACUUGAAGAUAGAGGUGUGUCAUCUUUGAGCAUCCAGUUCGCCAAACUUCCAAAGGGACUGAAGCAUUUAAAUUUAUCUAAAACCUCCUUGUCACCUAAAGGGGUGAACAGCCUUUCCCAGUCACUGAGUGCCAACUCGCUGAUCGCGAACACGCUUGUCUAUCUUGACCUCUCAGGGAACGCACUCCGCGGCGAUGAUCUCUCAAGCCUGUACAAUUUUUUGGCCCAGCCAAAUGCCCUUGUUCAUCUGGAUUUAUCCAACACGGAGUGUGCGCUAGAUAUGGUGUGUGGAGCCCUCCUUCGUGGAUGUCUUCAGCAUCUAGCUGUGCUUAGCCUCUCUAGGACCCUUUUUUCUCACAGGAAAGGAAAAGAAGUCCCUCCCUCCUUCAAACAGUUUUUCAGCAGCUCACUUGCUUUGAUGCAGAUUAAUCUUUCGGGAACUAAACUCCCUCCUGAGCCUCUAAAAGCGCUUUUAUUAGGCCUGGCUUGCAAUCACAAUCUGAAGGAGGUGUCUUUAGAUCUCAGUAGCUGUGAGUUAAGAUCGGGAGGUGCACAAGUCUUGGAAGGAUGCAUAGCAGAAAUACACAAUAUCACCAGCCUAGAUAUUUCAGACAAUGGCCUAGAAUCUGACCUCUCAACCCUUGUAGUAUGGCUUAGUAAAAACCGAUCAAUAAGACACCUGGCAUUAGGCAAAAACUUUAACAACAUGAAAUCCAAAAAUCUCACUCCAGUACUUGAUAAUUUAGUUCAGAUGAUUCAAGACGAGGAUUCACCUCUGCAGUCAUUGUCCCUCGCAGAUUCCAAGCUGAAGACUGAGGUCACCAUCAUUAUUAAUGCCUUGGGCAGCAAUACUUCUCUUACGAAAGUGGAUAUUAGUGGAAAUGCCAUGGGAGAUAUGGGAGCAAAGAUGCUGGCAAAAGCCCUACAGAUAAACACCAAGCUCAGAACUGUAAUAUGGGACAAGAAUAACAUCACUGCGCAGGGCUUCCAGGACAUAGCUGUGGCACUGGAAAAGAAUUAUACUUUGAGAUUCAUGCCUAUACCGAUGAAUGAUGCUUCCCAAGCACUCAAAACAAACCCCGAGAAAACAGAAGAGGCACUGCAGAAGAUAGAAAACUACUUGCUUCGUAAUCACGAGACCAGAAAAUACCUACAGGAGCAAGCGUACCGGCUGCAACAAGGCAUUGUCACAAGUACCACUCAGCAGAUGAUUGACAGAAUAUGUGUAAAAGUACAAGAUCAUCUCAACUCUCUAAGAAACUGUGGUGUGGAUGCUGUACAGGAAGAUGUGAAAUCUGCAGAACGCCUUAUGCGGGAUGCUAAGAACUCCAAAACACUCUUACCAAAUCUGUAUCACCUCGGUGGAGCUUCUUGGGCAGGAGCAAAUGGUUCACUCUCCAAUCCAAUCCAAGAGACACUUGAAUCCAUGGCUGGAGAAGUUACAAGGGUCGUGGAUGAGCAACUUAAGACACUCCUUGAGUCUAUGGUGGAUGCAGCAGAAAACCUUUGCCCCAAUGUGAUGAAGAAAGCUCGCAUCCGUGAAGACCUGAUUGAGGCUAGCACUGAGAAGAUUUCAAUCCCACGCACUUUUGUGAAAAAUGUCCUCUUGGAGCAAUCUGGAAUUGAUAUCCUCAACAAAAUCAGUGAAGUAAAGCUGACAGUGGCUUCUUUCCUAUCUGACCGAGUUGUAGAUGAAAUCCUGGAUGCACUUUCCCAUUGCCAUCACAAACUGGCUGACCAUUUGACUAGACGUGGCAAACCACUUCCACAGCAGGAAUCACUGGAAAUUGAGUUAGCUGAAGAAAAACCAACUAAACGCUCUAUCAUCACAGUUGAGGAGUUGACAGAGAUUGAACGUUUGGAGGACCUGGACACUUGUAUGACUCUCUGCUGUACAAGUAUGACUCCUAAAUCAAAAAGGAAAAGCAUCCACAGUAGAAUGCUCCGGCCGGUGUCCAGAGCUUUUGAAAUGGAAUUUGAUCUUGAUAAAGCACUGGAAGAAGUACCUAUCCACAUAGAAGACCCACCAUUUCCUUCCAGCAGGCUGGACAAACGAACUUCUGGAUUCAUUUCAGAACUGCCAUCAGAAGAAGGGAGAAAACUGGAACACUUUACAAAAUUAAGACCCAAAAGGAAUAAAAAGCAGCAGCCCAGCCAAGCAGCAGUGUCUGCUGGAGUGCCUCCAGAAGGGGAUCAGAACGGCCUCAUGGGGAGAGUGGAUGAAGGCGUGGAUGAAUUUUUCACUAAGAAAGUGACAAAAAUGGACUCAAAGAGACCAUCAACUAAAAGUUCAGACAGCAGCGAGCCCAGUGAAGCAGGUGAUGAGAAGAAGAAAAGGGACUCAAGGAAGAGUGGCUUCCUUAACUUAAUCAAAUCAAGAGGCUCCAAAUCUGAACGUCCCCAGACUGUGCUGGUGGCAGAGGAGCCCUCUUCACCCAAGGUUGCUGCAAAAAGUCCAGCUGUGGAGGCAAGCAAGAAGGAAGUAAAGUCUGCAGAGCAGAACGGUGGUACAGAGCGAUCUGAGGAAUUAAAGACACCAGACUCGCUGGAGGAGGCGCAGCCAGACGAUGUGGCCAAAGCCGAGAGGGGUGACAGCAAAGGAAGCCCUCAAGGAGGCCGGAGGUAUGGCGUGCAGGUGAUGGGCAGCGGACUUCUCGCAGAAAUGAAAGCCAAGCAGGAGAAGAGAGCAGCCUCUGCUCAGAAGAAACUUGGGAAUGACACAACUCCCAGAGAGUCUUUUGACACAGUGAGCUCAGAACGACUGGAUGGAAGUGGUACAGUGCCUAAACUCCAGCAGACCCUUCCAGAGAGUCGGUUUGCCUCGAAUAAAGGUGACUCCAUCUCAGCAUCAUCAGAAAAAAAUGCAAAAGCUGAACCAAAGGCAGAAGCUGGCACAAAGGCGAGAAGCUCUUCCAAUACACCGACCAGCCCCAAACCCCCACUGCAGUCAACAAAGCCCAGCCUGGCAGGACGACCCACGGUGCCGCAGAAACCACGCUCUGCCUCUCGCACUGAGGAUGCUCCGGAGUCUCCCUCUGGCCCCAGUUCCCCAAAAGUUGCCCUGCUUCCACCUGCGCUGAAGAAAGUUCCUUCUGAUAAAGAAAAGGAUGGUCAGAGCAGCCCCACAGUCAGAUCGUUUUCUCAAGAAGAGCAAGCUGGAGAUUGUCAAAAAAGAGAUGCAGCUCAUGACUGUGCCAAGGCAUCUGGCAGCGUGAAAACCACGUCGGGGCAGUAUUCUACCAGUGCAGAAGAGGAAGCUUGUGUGCUUGGGCAGAGCAAGGCACAGCCCACUUCUGACGGAACCUCCUGUGCUUCAGUCUGUGCCCAUUGCCCCUCAUCCUGUUGUUGGGCACCACUGAAAGGAGUCCGGUCCUGUCCUCUUGACCUGCAGCAGUGAGACUGCAGCUGCGAAAAGAAGCCCUGGGCAGCAGUCCCAUGAGUUUCAGGAACUGAAGCAGAGAUCCUUGAGUAAAGAUGGCCAUCAGGGAAGCAAGUCCAGUGACUCUGGCGAAGAAGCAGAUAAAGAUUUUAUUUUUGUUUAGAAAUCAGUACAAGUGCUUCAUAGCGCCAGAGCUUUCUAUAACAAUCAGGGUACAGCAAUCAACAGCCUUUCUAGCCAGCUGCUCUUUCACCACAGGUACAUUUCCAUGCAGAAAACAUGAUCUUCCAAUCAUGAUUUACAGUACACUCACUUGGCAUUGAUUUGGUCAAUAUUUUCUGUUCUGUACGGUGCAGAUGUUCCUCUUGCCAUGCCUUUGCUGAAGCCAGCCAUUCUUUCAUGUAUUCUACUUGAAUUUCUCUGAAGCAGCUACAAAGAGUGCCCUGCGUUAGGGCAUUUAGAAAGCAAAGCAAAUUAACUGGACACUGUCUCACACUAAUACACUGUACAGCAGGUAAUGUGUUGUACUGCUGAAUGUAAAUGCGUCAAAUCUGCACGUGACUUCCCUAUAAAUAUAUUCUUGCGGUAUGCAAUUGCACAUUGUAAUUAUAUUAAAAGAGCACACUAAUAAAAUAAUUUGUAUAGAUUAUAUAUAUUAAAUGCUUGGGUAUGGUUUUUACAUUCUCCCAUAGGGAGCUUCUUUCUUCCUGUUCUCGUACUGUACAUAAAGCUGCAACACUUACAUUUGUGUACCGUCAAAAAGCACAACAGAGAAGGAUUUGGUUGACCUAUAAUCAUGGUAUGCUUCCACAUUCAUAUAUUAAUGUAUAUAGUUGAUUGGAAUGAGGGCAAUUGAAAUUUUAUUAAUAUUGGUGUUUUCUAGAGGCCUUCCUCAGUUCUGUCUGCAUAUUAGCUUCCUUUCAUUGUGUAAUUCUACGAGAAAAAUAGUUUGACGUCUGUAAAAACAUUUCAGCUUUCGGGGGAGGGGGUGCAAAUUUCACAACUACCCACUUACAUUACAGGUUGAAGGGAUUUUAUUCAUAUGUAUAUUUGUAACAAUAAAAAAUAAUUUUACAACUGAAA